CACGGGGGCGCCAGGGGGGCUCUGCCGAGCGAGCGCGGCCCCCGAACCAUGAUGUUUCGCGACCAGGUCGGGGUGCUGGCGGGCUGGUUUAAGGGCUGGAACGAGUGCGAGCAGACUGUUGCGCUGCUGUCGCUGCUCAAGCGCGUGAGCCAGACCCAGGCCCGCUUCCUCCAGCUCUGCCUGGAGCACUCGCUGGCCGACUGCGCCGAGCUGCACGUCCUCGAGGGCGAAGCCAACAGCCCGGGAAUCAUUAACCAAUGGCAACAGGAAUCCAAGGAUAAAGUGAUUUCCCUCCUGUUAACUCACCUGCCUUUGCUGAAGCCAGGAAACCUUGACGCAAAAGUAGAGUAUAUGAAACUGCUGCCCCAAAUCCUGGCACACUCUAUUGAACACAACCAGCACAUUGAGGAGAGCAGGCAGCUGCUGUCUUAUGCUCUAAUACACCCGGCCACAUCGUUGGAGGACCGCAGUGCUCUGGCCAUGUGGCUGAACCACUUGGAGGACCGCACGUCGGCCAGCUUUGGUGGCCAAAACCGAAGCCGCUCGGACUCAGUGGAUUAUGGGCAGACGCACUACUAUCACCAAAGACAGAACUCCGAUGACAAGCUCAAUGGGUGGCAGAACUCAAGGGAUUCUGGGAUUUGCAUGAGCGCCUCCAGCUGGCAGGACAAAAACCUGGGGUGUGAGAACGGCCACGUGCCCCUCUACUCCUCCUCGUCCGUCCCCACCACGAUCAAUACGAUUGGAACCAGCACAAGUACAAUUCUCUCAGGCCAGGCACAUCACAGCCCUUUGAAACGAUCUGUGUCCCUUACCCCACCCAUGAAUGUGCCAAACCAGCCUCUAGGACAUGGAUGGAUGUCUCAUGAGGACUUACGAGCUAGAGGCCCCCAGUGCCUCCCAUCCGAUCAUGCCCCCCUGUCUCCACAAAGCAGUGUAGCCUCUUCAGGAAGUGGUGGGAGUGAACACUUAGAAGAUCAGACUGCUGCUCGUAACACAUUCCAAGAAGAAGGUAGUGGUAUGAAAGAUGUUCCAGCCUGGCUGAAAAGCCUCCGCCUGCACAAGUACGCUGCGCUUUUCUCCCAGAUGACCUACGAGGAAAUGAUGGCCCUCACCGAGUGCCAGCUGGAGGCCCAGAACGUCACCAAAGGCGCGAGACACAAAAUUGUCAUCAGCAUUCAGAAGCUCAAAGAGAGACAGAAUCUCCUCAAGUCAUUGGAAAGGGACAUCAUCGAGGGGGGCAGCCUGCGCGUCCCCCUCCAGGAGCUGCACCAGAUGAUCCUGACUCCUAUCAAGGCCUACAGCUCCCCGAGUGCCACCCCGGAAGCUCGCCGCCGGGAGCCCCCGGCUGCGCAGCAGCCCUCGCUCAUGGGCCCCGAGAGUCAGAGCGCCGACUGCAAGGACAGCGCCACGGCUGGCAGCGCCUCGGCCAGCACCUCAGCCGGGGCCAGUGGCGGGCUGCAGCCGCACCAGCUGAGCAGCUGUGACGGGGAGCUGGCCGUCGCCCCCCUGCCGGAGGGGGACCUCCCUGGGCAGUUCACACGCGUCAUGGGAAAAGUGUGCACCCAGCUCCUGGUCUGCAGACCUGAUGAGGAAAACAUAAGUUCCUACUUACAACUCAUAGACAAGUGUCUGAUUCACGAGGCAUUCACGGAGACACAGAAAAAAAGAUUGUUGUCAUGGAAACAGCAGGUGCAGAAGCUCUUUCGGUCUUUCCCUCGGAAAACCCUUCUAGACAUAUCAGGAUAUCGACAGCAAAGAAACCGCGGCUUUGGGCAGUCCAAUUCCCUCCCGACGGCCGGCCCUGUGGGCGGCGGCGUGGGCAGGCGGAACCCGCGCCAGUACCAGAUCCCCUCCCGGAACGUCCCUUCCGCCCGCCUUGGCCUCCUGGGCACCAGCGGAUUCGUGAGCUCCAGCCAGCGCAGCGCGGCAGCCAACCCCACCAUCAUGAAGCAGGGCCGGCAGAACCUGUGGUUCGCCAACCCGGGGGGCAGCAACAGCAUGCCCAGCCGCACCCACAGCUCCGUGCAGAGGACCCGCUCGCUGCCCGUGCACACCUCCCCGCAGAACCUGCUCAUGUUCCAGCCACCAGAAUUCCAGCUUCCCGUGACUGAACCUGACAUCAACAACAGGCUGGAGUCCUUGUGCCUCAGUAUGACCGAGCACGCCCUGGGAGACGGGGUCGACCGGACUUCCACAAUCUAGAAGCCGAAGAUGAGAGUGACCGCGCUGGCCGUGACCCCGACUGCUGCGGGCCCAGAGUCAGCCAUCUCCAGGGCUGCGCGGAAUCCUCCAAGAUGCUCCGCAGCCUUUUUCGCCCCCGGCCCCUCGCCCGUUUUGAUUUUGUGAGAGCGUAGGUCAUCCUUGUAAACAUAUCCAUAGACCUGGGGUCGAUUGCUCUGUCAUUUGCUUGUGUCAUGGGAUGGUUUGCUGUGCGCCGUGGGGAGGGGUUCUCUAGGGAAACAUGGGGGCAGGGAGGGAGGUGGAGGGACCGCAGGUGGCUUCCCGGAUGGAACCAGUAGUGCCACAGCCCUCGGGUGCCUGCUGCCAAGGCUGGCUCCCAGGCAGGGGCAUGGGUGCCAGUGGCCACUGCAAGAUGGCGGCUCCCCUUGUAGCUCCCCCGACUGGCUGUCCCCCAGGCCCCUGCCUGAAACAGAGCUGCCCCAGGGUGGCCCGUGGCCAGGGCAGCAGGAAGGUAGGUGCCCCUCCCACAGAACGUCAGAGCAACUUGGACUUGAGCAUCAUUUCCAGGACAAGCUUGCAGGGUGCGCGCACGUCUGGCGGAGUGCCUCUUCCCGCCAGGGUUUUUGGCAGGGGUCUGUUGUGGGGGACAUUGUUGGUAUCUCUUCUGUCUCUGUAAGAGCAGCGACUCUGCUGCUUGUGAAGAUGGGUGCAGGUGCUUUGGUAGAAGGAGCAGAUGGGAAGACAAGGCCGCAGCCCAAAAGAGCAGGGCGCAAGGAUGCCGGCACCUAUGACGAGUCAAGGGGGAGCUCUCAGGCGCCCAGAGAUUCCCAGCGACCAACCUGGCAGCCUCUCUCUCUGGGCCACACUCGCUGCUUUACCAGAGACCCCUCUCCCCUCCCAGCACCCCCCCACACGCAUACUCGCCUGCGACUCCCAGCCCUGUUCUGCAAACACAGUGGGGUGUGACCUCCACGGAUGGUUUUCCCGGUGCACCACAGCCAAACCCUCAUGGGGGACUGCUCGUGGCAGCCUGAACGUGGAGCUGUGUCCCACCCCCGGGUCGCUGAGCGAGGAGAGGGUGCAUGGAGACGGAGAUGCUGGGACCCUGCAGCCUGGGUGGGCAUUCAUGUUGAAAUAGCAGCUCCAUCUACACAGGCUAAGUCAGAGAUGGGCUGUGGUGCUAGCUGCUUUACCUGUCCACACAGAGGGAGGGGAGAAGCACGCGAUGCCGCAAGGUAUCCGCUAGCCACGGUACCACGGAGGGAGAGCUCUUCUGAAGGGCAAGGCAGCCAGCACCGUGGAAUGUGAUCACAUCAGAAGGAGCCGCGGCCUGGGGCUGGCACCGGGAGGCCGGGUCCCGUAGAUGAUGGCAGGGCUGCUGCAUCAGCAGCCAGCUCAGGGAUGUGCGGAGGGCCUGUUUAUUAAAAGCUGAUGGCUCUUGAGAAACAACGGAUGAAGGCAGGCCUUAAUGAAACCCCAACAGCAGCGUUCUUUGACCGGGAAGAUGAAAAACAGACGCCCAGCCCAUCCUGGGGAGAGGAGAGCGCCUGAGCCCCAGCCACCUGCAGCGAACGAGCAAAGGCGUGAACCCACUGUUUCAUGCAGUGCAUUUUUAAGAAAGAUUCAGAUCUCUCCUCGGAUGACCGAGUUCUAAAGAUGCAAACCCACGUGCAGAAAGAGGCAGAACUUGCUUAGUUGUUUGAACCAAGUGCUAUUAACACGCACCCUUCGCAUCCCGUUUGUAAGCGCAGCGUGUGUUGCGGAGGGGAUGCAGGGGGCUGGCCGCACAGGAGUGCGGCAGUGGGGGGAGCGCGUGGUGUCGAAGGCCCAAGGUAAGAUGAGAGGGUGUGAGGAUGUGGUUUGGGGAUGCUGAGAAAGUGGACGGAGAGGAGGAGAAACAGCGGAAUCGCAGGUCUCGUGGGGAAAGGAGAAAGCAAGUGAGCAGCCGAAAGACUCUAAAGAAAACAGCGUGAACGCAGGACGGGAGCGGGGUCCUUCCAGGGAGACCUGCGGGAAUCUGCGGGUCUGGAUUUCUAUCUAUUCCUUCACAAUGGCAGAGAGAUGAUUUUGGAGAUGUUCCUUAUGAACUUGCGAUGGCUGGGAACCAUGAGAAAGCCUGUUAUUAAUAACAAUUCUUUUUUUAAAAACAGAAAAGCUUAUUUUUCAUUGACUGUGUAUAGAUUUAUCCACGGAGUCGCGUUCUGCUCUAUUAGCCUUUUCUUUUUUUACAUUGAGUGUUCUGAUCCAUUUCAGGAGCCUGUCCCCACCCUCUUGUGUGUCCUGUGUUGACUGCAGGUAUACAGCUCAAUCUUAAAAUCCUAAAGAAUUUUAUUUAUAUAUAAAAGAAUCAAACAGUUGCAUGCAUCAGGCUGUGAAGUCAGAGACUCGGCGAGAAAGCGGCAGUGCCUUUUUUUGUAUUGAUCCAUUAACCCUCAGAUGCAACUGUUUCCUAUUAAGUAAAUAGUUGAUGCUUUCAAAACCUCAGAGUUAAAAUCUAUUUCGCUCCGUGUUUCCUGCCCCUCGUCCUGAUCUCAACAGUGCGUCCUUGGCAUCUCCGUGCUGUCCCAGCGGCAGCGGUCGUCUGCGAGAUGGUUAUCGUGUAUGCGGUUUUAUUGGUGCUUUCUAUUCAUUAGUGGUUUCUUACCAGUAACAGUAGGGUUAGAAACACACGAACUGUGUACAAGACAUCAAACGUUGCUGCUGCUACAGGUUUUUUCCACACGCUUUUGAGUUUCACUUCGUCAACGAGAGCCAGCAAGCAAAGCCUGGACACCCACGGGCCCGCCGGUUGAGCGCGGCUGUUUGCACCCAGCUCUCCGAGUUCUGUGUGUCGCAUAUUCUUAAUUUUGGGGGAUGGGUGAGUACCCAGGAUGGGAGCUACAGCUGGGCCCCACUCCCAUCCACCUGGAAAGACUCUGAGGGAAACAAAGUUUUCUUUUGAGGGGUCUUGGGCUGCCUUCUCUGGAUGGGAGCCCUCUCUGGGUCACCCACACCCCUUGUCCUCCCACACCCCUCGUAGCUACACAGCCAGUGCAAGGUUUGGAGACGUGGAGUCCCCAGAGCCUGGCCCCCCCAGAGGUGGCGGUGGCCGUCAGCCUGACCCACACCACCCCUCGCCAGGAUAGUCUGCGGGAGGGAUCACCUGCACAUCGGAGCUGUGAUAACACUAACGUUGAUUUUUUUUUUUUUAACAGUCAUCAGAGAUGUUUGCAAAGCAAGUUUUCUGUUUUCUUUUUGUAAUUCCUUUAUCUUUACUUAAAGGUGAAUGCGUAUUCCUCUGGGAGGAAUAGGAAGAAAAACGGGAAUGUUAAUAAUGUCCAACAGAAGACUUCCUCCCUUAUUAAUAUAUAACCCCCAUGUAUUUAUGCCCCGUGUCAGCUGCCUUUUCAAAGCCUCCUUUUGUUGCAUGCCCUGUGCAGGCACCCGUAUUGUACAUGCAUGCCUUCUGUCCCGUUCUCCUGUAUAAAGUUAGUGAACAAAGAAAUAUUUUUGCCUAGUUCAUGUUGCCAAGCAAUGCAUAUUUUUUAAAUUUGUCAUAUAUGGAAAGAGCAUGUUUGUUACAUGUCAAAGCUUUACUGAUAUACAGAUAUACUCAUGUGUGAAGACGCUGUUCUUUGCAAGUGUACAGUUUUCAAAUGUUGUUACCAGUGAAACACCCUUGUGGUUGAAACUUGCUACAAUGUAUUUAUUACUCAUUUCCUCCCAUGUAACUACAGAGAAUCAUGGCUAUAUUUCAUAUCAAUGUUAUACUGAAAGUGAAGGGAAAUGAUUAAUACAAGGUUUUGUAACA